CAAAGCGCACUUCCUGAAAGUUGGUGCUGAUCGCCAUUGCGGUGUUUGUUAUGUCUGCUACAGUUUUAGCUUUCUUGUGUACAUUAAUAUGUGUUUCCUGGUCCAAAAAGCUGGUAGAUGCGUCGCCACCGAACAUUAUUAUUAUGCUUAUGGAUGACAUGGGCUGGGGGGACCUGGGGGUUUUGGGCCAGCCCUCCAAAGAGACUCCUAACCUGGAUGCCAUGGCUGCACAGGGCAUGCUCCUGCCAAACUUCUACACUGCCAACCCUUUAUGUUCGCCCUCCAGAGCUGCACUACUGACAGGGAGGCUACCUGUCCGAAAUGGCUUCUACACCACUAAUGGCCAUGCCAGAAACGCAUACACUCCACAGGAGAUUGUGGGAGGAAUCUCCCAAGAUGAGAUUCUGUUACCUCAGAUGCUGAAAAAGAAAGGCUACAUCAGCAAGAUCGUUGGGAAAUGGCAUCUGGGCCACAGAGCGCAGCACCUCCCCAUGAAGAACGGAUUUGACGAGUGGUUCGGUGCCCCCAACUGCCAUUUCGGGCCCUACAACAACAGCGGGCGACCCAACGUCCCCGUCUACAACAACUCGGAGAUGGUCGGCAGAUACUACGAGGAGUUUCAAAUCGACCGAAAGACGGGAGAAUCCAACCUCACGCAGAUAUACUUGCAGGAAGGUCUCGACUUCAUCCGUCGCCAGAGUCUGGCCCGACAAGCCUUCUUCCUGUACUGGGCCGCUGACGCCACCCACGCCCCCGUCUACGCUUCCAGACGCUUCCUCGGGAAGAGCCGACGAGGCCGCUACGGCGAUGCGGUGAUGGAGCUGGACUACAGCCUCGGUCGGAUCCUGUCCACGCUGAGGAGUCUGGCCGUUGAAAACAGCACCUUUGUUUUCUUCACCUCAGACAAUGGAGCCGCUCUUACGUCCGGCCCGAACGAGAGUGGCAGUAACGGGCCUUUCCUCUGCGGGAAGGAGACCACCUACGAAGGAGGCAUGAGGGAGCCCGCCAUCGCCUGGUGGCCCGGACGCAUCGCGGCAGGCACGGUGAAUUUCCAGCUCGCCAACGUCAUGGACCUGUACACCACAAGUUUAUCCCUAGCCGGCAUCAGCCCGCCCGAUGAUCGAGCCCUGGAUGGAUUGGACCUGACGCCGGUUCUCCUCAACAGCUCGCAAGCACUGCAAAACAGGCCGAUCUUCUAUUACCGUGGCAACCAACUGAUGGCGCUCAGGCUUGGCCAGUACAAGGCCCACUACUGGACCUGGACCAACUCAUUGGAUGAGUUCGAAAAGGGCGUGAACUUCUGUCCGGGUCAGGAGGUCCCGGGUGUGACCACGCACGAGCAAAAGGAGCACACGAUGCAGCCUCUCAUUUUCCACCUGGGUCGAGAUCCCGGGGAGAAGUUCCCUCUCAGCGCGCUGUCAGAGGAAUACCAGGAUGCACUCAGCCGUAUCUCGCCAGUUGUGGAGCAACACAAGAAGACGCUGGUUGCGGGCAUCCCCCAGCUCAACAUGUGUGACCUUGCCGUCAUGAACUGGGCCCCAGCCGGCUGCGAGAAGUUAGGGAAGUGUCUCGACGGGCCCAAGUCGUCUCCGUGGAAGUGUGAAUGGCCGCACUGAAAAAAGCAGGAAGCCAAACUGGACCAUGUGCCUUACAGAAACAAAUGUGAAUCAGUAUUGUCUCGUUUUUAAUUUUUCAAAUGCACAACGGUUGAAUGCGACCACUCCCCGAAUAUCAUUUGUAGAAUUGCACAAUUGUCAUCAUUUCAAUGAAUUGCUUUAAAUGCG